AUGUCUUCCGCGCAAGGAUUACUUCACAGCGUCUUCUCUUGUUCGUCUCCAUCCUCUAAAAGCAUCUCUAAAAGACGGCUGCGACAAACACGGAGUUUGGACCCAGCCAUCAUAAGAAACUGUGGAACCGACCAGGAUGCGGCACGAAGUGAUUUUGACAAUUUGACAGUACCUGAGCAGGUUUUCAGUGAUGCAGGCGCGACUUCAUCAGCCUACAUCUCUAGUGAAUACCUGUGCACGCUCAAAACGGAUCAGCGCUCUAAAGCACCGAGACUGAAACAACCGUCACCAUCUUCCUCUGGCCCGUCUACACCUUUGGAUAUCUCUCCGUCAUCCAACUUCAACUUCGACUAUGAUAUCAAACACGCAAAGCGGAAUACAGCGUGGGAUUUGCCGUUCCUUGCUCGCAGCCCGAGUAUCACUCCCUCAAGCAGCACGAGCACCUUAUUUUCCCCAAGGAAGUGGCUCCAGAAGAAGUUGCAACAACCAAGCUCCCACGCCUAUGUCGUAUGGAGGUCGGAGGGUGAUUACACCUGGAACAGCCUGUCUGGUAGGACCGUGCGGCUCAAACCUGUGGCCAUCCAGAGCAUGUCGGAGCUGGAGAGAGCGAGGCUGCAGGAGGUGGCCUAUAAUCGGCUUCAGCAGGACUAUGACCUGGGCUGUCAGAUCACCAUCCCCAAAGAUGGACAGAAAAGGAAGAAAUCCCUGAGGAGGAAGCUGGAUUCCUUGGCUAAAGAGAAGAACAAAGACAAGGAGUCUUCUCCCCAGGCCUUUGGUAUACCUCUAUCACAGGUGAUCGCCAACGACCGUACACACAGACAGCGUCAGGAUGGGCAGAGACAGGACACGUCUCCCCGGGAGGAACACAAAGACUCCAGCGACCUGGUUUCCUCCAUACUGCAGUUUGCCACCAAGAGACCCACAAAGGAACUCUCCAGCAGCAACUCCUCCCUCAGCUCCACCUCCGAGACGGCCAAUGAGUCCACUUCGCCGAACACGCCCGAGGCUGCCCCGCGGGCACGCAGGAGGGGAGGUAUGUCUGUAGACUCCAUCACUGACCUGGACGAUAACCAGUCACGUCUGCUGGAGGCUCUGCAGCUGUCCCUGCCAGCCGAGACGCCCAGUAAAAAGGAGAAGCAUCGAGACAAGAGGCUGAGCCUUAACCCCAUCUACAGACAGGUGCCCCGUGUGGUGGACAGCUGCUGCCAGCACCUGGAGAAAUACGGCCUGCAGACUGUUGGAAUCUUCAGAGUGGGAAGCUCCAAGAAGAGAGUGAGACAGCUUCGUGAAGAGUUUGACCGGGGUGUGGACGUUCAGCUAGAUGAGGAACACAGUGUUCAUGACGUAGCAGCGCUGCUAAAGGAAUUCCUGAGGGACAUGCCUGACCCAUUGCUCACUAGAGAGCUCUACACUGCCUUCAUUAAUACCAUGUUGUUGGACCCAGAGGAUCAGCAGAGUGCCACCCAGCUGCUUGUGUACCUGCUGCCUGCGUGUAACAGCGACACGCUUCAUCGCCUCCUCGAAUUCCUCUACACUGUCGCUCAACACGCCCACGACACCCACGACAAAGACGGACAGGAGGUGACGGGGAACAAGAUGACCUCUCUAAACUUGGCCACCAUCUUCGGGCCGAACCUGCUCCACAAACAGAAGAGUUCGGACAAAGAGUUCAGCGUCCAGAGCUCCGCCCGUGCGGAGGAGUCCACGGCCGUCAUCGCCGUGGUGCAGCGCAUGAUCGCUACCUUCGAGGACCUCUUCAUGGUAUCACCAGACCUACAAAAUGAAGUGCUGAUGAGCCUACUGGAGACCGAUCCAGACGUUGUGGACUACCUGUUACGAAGAAAAGCAUCACAGAGUCCAGACCUGUUGAAUUCGGAGGCCUCCUUUGCUCUGAAUGAACGCCUUUCCUCCAGCGACUCGAACAAGGUGUCCAGCGGAGAGGUCUCCCCCUAUGAUAACAACUCGCCCGUGCUGUCCGAGCGGAGGGGGGGCGACGGCGGGGGCGGGACCGCUGGCCCCGUACCCGGCGCCGACCGGCUCUUUCGUGUCCCAGAACAGUACGCUCUGGUCGGUCAGGUGGCGGGCCGCGCCAGGGAGACCCCCACCAGCCCGUGGUCUCCGGCAAAGGAUAUGUCGGAGGAGCACGUUAACAUCUGGGGAGCAUGGCAUUCGACAUUAAAACCGGGACUGAAGGAGCAAACGUACACAGGUUCCCAUGGUAACGUAUCUGAAGGGAGCUCUCGCAGCUCGCAGGAGGGCAUCGACAGUCACCAAGGUGACGCGAAGCAGCUCGUGCGUCGGUCACAGACGACGCUGGGAAUGUCAGAGUGUCGCCAACACCCGGUGGUGUCCCGUGUGUGCAGCAGUCCGCAGACUGGGCCGCGACACCUCCAGCUCAGCGUCACCUCUGACGGCCGAUCGGCGUCGAGCAGUUCGGAGGACAUCCCAAUAGGGAGCGGUCACGGUGCCCCGAGCCCAACCCUCCCACCCAAACCGGGAAACAGAAAUGACGCGCGGCCCCCUCCUCCCCCGUACUGCGGACACUCUCGUUCUAAACCCUCGGCGGCGUUGACCGUCUCGUCCGCGUCUUCGGCGCCCGGCGCUACGGCUCACCCGCACCCGCCGUUGGUCGGGAGACCGGCCGCUCAGAACUCGACUCCGUCGGCGGGCGCGUUCACGCCAAGAAGCCCGGAAUGGCAGGACUGGCAGAGGGACAGGUGGCAAAUCUGGCAGCUUCUGUCCUCGGACAAUGCCGACACGCUGCCAGAGACGCUGGUCUGA